UUUUACCGUGGUUGAUGGAACGGGAAGUGAGGUUUUGUGAUUGACAAAUACUCGUUCUCAAGAUAUAACAUUAAGAAUGUAGGUAUUAAGUAGAUACAAUAAUAAUUAAUAUCGCAAUGAGUAGUGUAAGCGAUGAAUGUUUAAGGGAACUACUUGUUAAGAAAGAAACGGAGAAAAACGUAAGAGAAUCUUUGAGUUUGACUGAGGUAGGGCUUCAUUUGCCAACACGGACGGAGAAAAAGUGUGAAAGAGAACCAUUAACAACACCAUCUGCAACACAGAAUAUGGUUCCACAUGAUGCAUGCAGUGUUCCAUAUGAAGAAGUAGCAGAGCAAUUUAAAACUGAUUUAUGGCAUGGCCUGACUUGGAGAGAAGCCCAAAACCGUCUGUUAUUAUAUGGAUAUAAUGAGUUUGAAGUAAAACCAGAUGAUCCUUUAUGGAAGAAAUAUAUUGAACAGUUCAAGAAUCCCCUUAUAAUGCUGCUACUGGCCUCAGCUGUUGUCAGUAUUUGUAUGCAGCAGUUUGAUGAUGCUUUUAGCAUCACAGCUGCAAUUCUCAUUGUUGUCACCGUAGCAUUUGUUCAGGAGUAUAGAUCUGAGAAAUCUUUAGAAGAGCUUAAUAAACUGGUCCCUCCCACUUGUAACUGUUUGAGAGAGGGUCGAGUGGAGACAUUUCUAGCAAGAAACCUGGUACCUGGUGACAUUGUGUUGCUUAAUGUUGGAGACAGGGUUCCUGCUGACCUAAGACUCUUUGAAGCUGCUGACCUUGCCAUAGAUGAAAGUAGUUUCACAGGAGAGACUGAACCAGCAACUAAAGUGACGAGUAGUUUGAUAAAAACCAAUGGAAUUGCAAGUAAACAGAAUAUGGCAUUUAUGGGAACUCUUGUGCGUUGUGGAAAUGGCAGGGGUAUUGUCAUCAAUACAGGUGAAAAGUCAGAGUUUGGAGAAAUAUUUCAAAUGAUGCAAGCUGAAGAGGCUCCAAAGACGCCUUUACAGAAGAGCAUGGAUAUUCUUGGAAAGCAGCUUUCAUUAUACUCAUUUGGUAUUAUAGCUUUAAUUAUGUUGCUAGGAUGGAUACAGGGUAGACCCGUGAUGGAGAUGUUCAACAUUGGUGUGAGUCUGGCAGUUGCAGCCAUUCCUGAAGGACUUCCCAUUGUUGUGACAGUGACUUUAGCCCUUGGAGUGAUGCGAAUGGCUAAAAGAAAUGCUAUCAUCAAGAAACUACCUACAGUGGAGACCUUAGGGUGUGUAAAUGUUGUUUGCUCGGAUAAAACUGGAACAUUGACCAAAAAUGAGAUGACUGUGACAGAAGUUGUGACAUCGGAAUUAUAUCACAUUGAGGUCACUGGAGUAGGAUACAACUCAGAGGGUAAUUUCAAUUUUACAGCACAAGAUCAAAGGGACUAUCUUUGUCAAGAAAAUUCUGUGAAGAGGUUGCUCGAGGUAAGAUUUAUCACAGCAUCAGAAACUUUCCCUAUUUGGACAUUUAGUCUCUGGCAGGAAUUGUCUAUGUUCUUAGCUUGCAUGGUUUGAUUUUUA